GGUACGUUAAUGUGAUUUAAUUUUUUUUAUAAGCCCUAUUUGUGUUGUGUUCGGUAUAACUACACAAUUUCAAGAAAUGAAGCGUCGACGUGCUGAUUAUAAACAAUAUUUAGUGGAUGGAAGUGAAAUUCCAGAAUCUACAGUUCGCAGUAGACAAAAAACAGUCGUUUUAAAAGUAGGUACCUACAUUUUACUACACAGCAUCCACUAAUACGUAUACUGAAUCUUAUCUGUUAUAAAUCACUUGUAAAAUGCUUACAUCGAGUAUUUUUCAUUUUUAUUGUAGGAUACUGAAUCAACAUUAAACAGUGAUGACUCAACGUUAAACACCGAUAACUGUAUCAGUAAUUCCAACAAUAUUGUAUCAACUUCGCAUCGUGAUGAUUACGUCAAUAACUCAAACGGAAAUGAUAUUAAUAUUUCUUCAAAUUCGGACGAGAUUUGUGUUGAAGGCUUCAGUGAUAAUAAUUCAAAUGAAAAUGAUGGCCAUUUUAACCACCGGGAUGUAUCUUCUGAUCGCAGUUACGAUCAGGAUAUUGAUACUUCUUCAAAUUCUGAUGAGAUUCAUGGUGAAAGCUUCAAUAAUGACACUGCCGAUUUUUACAUUGAAGAAGAUGAAGAAGACUUAUACGAACGUCAAGACGAUUAUGACACACAAAAUGAUUUUUCAGAACCAAGUAUCAACGAUUCGUUUGAACGUGAAGAGGAAUGCGAUGCUCAAAAUCAAAGCCAUACUUUUUAUGACCAGUCUACAGACAACAAUUCGACAGCUGAUGAUUUGCCUCUGUAUGAAAACUGUAGUGUGACAAGAAAAGAGCUCAGCCUCGCAGUCGUGACUUUAGCUAUGAGACAUGGAUUUUCAGAUCAAGCUCUUGAAGAUACAUUGGCAUUGCUCAACAUUAUUCUACCAUAUCCCAUUUUUUGUAGCUCUGUCGAAACAUUUCUCAAAAAAUUUGACAAAAAAACAGCUACAAAAGUUCAGAAGUGUUAUUAUUGCUGCGAAUCAUUACUCGGGGAAGCUGAUUUAAAUGGCAAUGUCGUAUGUGAAGAUUGUUCAACACAACAUAGUAUCAGAGUUUUGGAGAAAAAUAAGCAAUUUUUCUUGUAUAUUCCUGUUCGGGAGCAAAUGCAAAAUUUGGUGGAUUCAAAAACAUUCCAAGAUCUGUUGGCCUCUCAGAAAGUACAGCAAAAUGAUAUAUGUAAAAGUACUUAUUACAAAAGUCUCGAUCUGGAUGCAAAUGACCUAACAUUACAAAUCAACACAGACGGCGUCAGUCCAUUUAAUAGCUCCAACGUAUCUUUUUGGCCACUUUUUGCCACCAUAAAUGAAAUACCACAUGUGUACCAACGCCGAUAUAUGUUAUUAUGUGGAAUUUGGUUAAAUAAAACGAAACCACCUAUGAAUUUAUUCUUACAUAAGUUUGUAAGAGAAUUGAUUGAUUUGGGAUCCGAUGGUAUCAUGAGUAAAUGUGGAACUUUUUCAAGAAUUUACGUCAUCCUAGUAACCUGUGAUUCUGUUGCUCGUCCAUGUGUACAGAAUAUUAACCAAUUUAAUGGUAAAUUUGGCUGUAGUUUUUGCAUGUUAGAGGGUGAAGUAAUUACUGUAGGAAAAGGGCACGCUCGGAUAUACCGUGAAACCAAUAUUGAACAUCUUCGGAGAAAUGAGGAGCAGCACAUAGAAGAUGCAAAAAAGGUGUUACUUGAUCAAGAAUCUGUAAAUGGUGUAAAAGGCUUCUCUGUACUCAGCCUACUACCCAAGUUUGACAUAACUGUAUGCUUCAGUGUAGAAUACAUGCAUUGUGUUCUAUUAGGUGUUGUGCGAACUUUUAUUGAAUUCUGGUUGGAUGGGAAAAAUAGUCAAGAGCCGUUCUAUUUAGGUACUACAGAAAAGAUGAAAGCAAUGGAUAAACAUUUAUUGCAAAUUAAACCUCCGUACGAAAUUACGAGACCUCCGCGUUCCUUGAAGUUUAUAAAGAAAUGGAAAGCAACAGAGCUCAAGAAUUUUCUACUUUAUUACAGCUAUCCCAUGUUACAAAACGUUCUACCCAGCAAGUUUGUAUCACAUUGGGGAUUACUGAUUUUUGCUGUGAAUAUUUAUUUGCAACCAUCAUCCGAUCUUCAUCAACUUGCAGAAGCAAAAAAGUGCAUAUUUUCGUUUGUUGAAAAAAUUGAAAAGUUGUAUGCAGACGAAUCCUUGUAUAAGUUCAAUACUCAUUUGCUAUUGCAUUUGCCAGAAAACGUUCAGCAAUUUGGAAUGCUGUGGGGGACUUCGGCAUUCCCAUUUGAAGAUGCAAAUGGAUUUUUAUCUAGGUUGUACCACAACUCCAACUCAGUUGACAGUCAACUUUCGCGACGAUAUCUCAGGUUCAGAGUAAUCCAGGAAGAAUGGGAAAAUCUAUUUUCAAAUAACACGGACGAUCGUUAUUCUUCAGAAAGCUGGAUAAAAUUAUUAGAUCGAUUCUCCUGUCGAAAAUUUACAUGUAAAAGAAGAAUGCCCAUAUCUAGGAAUGAUGAAUGGGCUGUACUUGCAUCAAAAUCAUUCAAAAAAAUGAAGAUGUCGUCAAUAAUUAGAAAUGCAAUUGAACAGAAGAUAUUUAAUGAACUUAAUGAUGAUAUGGCUAAUUUUCAUUACUUUUGCUCUUUGUUGUCCAAUACUCGUAGGUGUAUCAUCAUACACUCAUUUCAGAUGAAAAGUUUAGAGAAACGAAAUAAUAGUGUUGUAGAGCUUUCCAAUGGAGAAAUUGUUUUGAUUCAAAAUAUUCUAACUGGUUUUCAUGAUAAUAUGGUAUUUCUUGAAGUGGAAAGUUUUGAAAUUCUUAACAAGCCCACUAUAGGGUAUGGUAAUUCAAUUUAUGCUUUAGCUGAGUUGUCAGGAUGCAGAUGGAUUACAACUCCAAACAUGGUUUCCAGAAAAAUUAUGUUAGUGAAUUCGUUUAAAUCGACAUAUCAGUUUUACUUAUGCUAUUUAGUCAAUGAUAUUGAAUGUGAUUAGGUUAUUUCCCCCCGCAUGAACUACCCUCCCCCUCACCAUGAAGCUCAAAUGUUUAGUGUAAACGGCAUAUAUUCACGUACCUACUUGUAUUAAAUAGAAUAUACCUACCUAUAUUGAUUGAAAUAAAAAAAAGUUGUUUCAUUAAAAUUUUUCAUAACCUAGAAAAUGUGAAUGCUCAUUUUUAUCAAGAGUUGUUUAUCUCAUAUUAAUCAUAGGUAGGUACUCCAUGAUGCUUAUUGCUUACUAUAGCAUUUCAACAACAGCUACAACUUCUUAUACACACGCACCUUGAAUGAUAAUAAUACUAUACAACUUUCAGUAUGAUUCUACACUUGAUUAAUAGACAAUAUUUGCAACAUAUUUUCAAAACCUGAGAGUAAAAUAGUUUACAGAUCAUAAUUGUAAUUUUACUGAGGGUAGUGAGAUAGUAUGCAGACCAUUAUUCUGAAUACAGAGAGUAAAUUCUGGAAAAUUAUAAUUUACAGGUAAUGCAAAGACAGUUACAGUCAAUGCACAGAUAGUAUACAGACCAUUCUUCUAAAAACAGAGAGUAAAUUUUGGGAAACUGUUAUUUACAGGCAGUGCAGAGACAGUUACAGGCAGUGUACAGGUAUUUUACAGACCAUUCUUCUAAAAACAGACAGUAAAUUUCAUGUGAUUGCAAUUCAAAGACAGUUACAGUUCAUGUACAGACACUUACAUAGAGUAUUUUAGACUUACUGACAAUUUACAGUCAAUAAACAGACGAAUACAGUCCAUAUUUUACGUUUACUGACAGUUCUUUGUCU